GCCGCCGGCCGACUCUCGCGAGAUUUGCGUGGAUUUGUUCGCGGGGGCAGGCCGUGAGGAAAGCUGGAGCCGCUCCGGUGGGGAACAUGUCGGAGACAGACCUGGGCAGGAAGUGGGACCGGUGUAUGGCGGAUGCAGUGGUGAAGCUAGGUACUGGUUUUGGACUAGGAAUUGUUUUCUCACUUACCUUCUUUAAAAGAAGAAUGUGGCCAAUAGCCUUUGGUACUGGCAUGGGAUUGGGGAUGGCCUACUCCAACUGUCAGAAUGACUUCCAGGCUCCAUAUCUUCUCCAUGGAAAAUAUGUCAAAGAGCAGUGACUUCUGCUGAGGACAUCCCUGCGGGAGGAAAGAGCAGCCAUGUUGAUUCCUCAGGAACACUGCAGUGCCCUGAAGGGAGCCGAUACUCUGUGACAGUGCUUUCAGCAGAGCUUUAAACUCAGCACACUGCUGAUGUGUUUGAAAACGUGUCUGUUUCUUUUGUAUUUUCUCUCUGGAAAUUGUAAGCAGGUGGUCUGCAAAGAAAUAAAAAGUGGGAAGCCCCA